CAUGGUGCACGUAUAGCACAUAAAAUAACAUCGGAUGUUACACAUGUUAUUUGUGCUAAACCAAAUGUUGAUGAUACAAAAUUAAAUGAACGUAUAAAUGUAUUCAAAAAAAUCAAUCGUGAACGUUCAACUAGAUUUCAUUUAGUUAGUUAUGAAUGGAUUAAAAAUUGUAUUCAAAAUCAACGACUUCUUAAAGAAUUACCGUAUGCUCUGUAG